AUGAAGUCUUCUAUUCUGCUGCAGGCGUUCUCUGCCGCCUCAGCUGUUGUCAAUGCCCACAGACUUCCGGGACCUGCCCCUGACCCCAAUGCAACCGGCCGACGUCGAGGCCUCUCCACAUUGUCGCACCAAUUUCUCUCGAAAUCUGGCCCCGGAAAGCCUGUUUUCAAAGAGUUCGAGUGCGGCGAUGUCUUUAGCGGUAUGGUCAUUGAGACUGAUUCUGACAAUGUCGACUCUUUGCGCCAGAUGGAGGGAGUUGUGAACGUGUGGGCUGCCCGUACGAUGCAAAGACCCCGAGUCGAGAAGUCAACCUAUGGCCCGUCCAAGCUCAGGAAAAACUACACGGUUCAUUAUUCGACGGGUGUCGAUAAACUCCAUGCUGCUGGCAUACGAGGCAAAGGUGCCACUGUCGCGAUAAUCGACACUGGCAUCGACUACACACACAAAGCGCUUGGAGGUUGCUUUGGCCCUGGAUGCAAGAUUAGGGGAGGCUAUGACUUGGUCGGAGCUGAUUGGGACACGCAUAACCAGAAGAAGUAUCCGAAAGUGCCUGACACCGAUCCCAUGGACUAUGAAGGUCAUGGAACCCAUGUGGCUGGCAUCAUCGCUGCUGACAAUGAGUGGCUCACUGGAGUUGCUCCUGACGCUGAACUUCUCAUCUACAAAGACCCCUGGGAGACCGACGAGGAGACAAUCAUGCAGGCCUUGUGUGACGCCUACAGUGCUGGUGCCGAUAUUAUUACUUCAAGUAUUGGAAAGCCCAAUGGCUGGAGCGACAACCCAUGGGCUGUGCUGGCAAGCCGACUGGUGGACAAGGGCAUCGUCGUGGUAGCCUCAGCUGGAAACGAAGGAGAGAUUGGCCCUUUUUACGCUAGUAGCGGAGCUACGGGCCAUGGUGUUCUUGCCGUUGCAGCUGCUAAUGUUUCAACUCAGCCAAACAGCAACCGAAGUGGUGAAGACUAUGGGCCGGUGCCCGUCUACUUUACGACAUGGGGUCCCACCAAUGAGCUUCUCAUCAAGCCUGACAUUACUGCCCCGGGCUUCACGAUUGUGAGCACGGUGUUGGACCAGAGCUAUGAUGAGCUGAGUGGAACAUCCAUGGCGGCGCCAUACAUCGCCGGACUUGCAGCCUUGUAUAUCGGAGAGUAUGGCGGCCGUGAGUUUCAUGGAGCAGGCUUCGCCAAGAUGCUUCAUGAUCGCAUCGCUUCGAGUGGAAGCAGCCUUCCUUUCGUCAAUAACCGUCUGAUCCCCAAGUUCAGGGCAUCGCCAUUCCAGGUCGGCACCGGACUGGUUGAUGCGUGGAAGGUUCUACACUACGACACCCAACUCGAUUAUGUACCAUUUGCGCUUAGGGAUACCGAACUGUUCAAACCCCGAUGGACCUUCAACAUUACCAACAACGACAAGAAAGGACACAGGUACACGUUCAAACUGGAGCCACAAGCUGGGUUCAACAUCCUUGACAGAGACUAUGGAAUUGCACUUCUCUAUGCCGUGGAGCCUCGCAACAUUGUGCCGCCAGUGAGGCUUCCUCAUGCGGUUUUUGUCCAGCCUGGCGAGACGAGGGAACUGAGUGUAUCUUUUGCGCUCCCUGACGUCGACGACGAUUACCUUCCCCUGUAUAGUGGCAAAGUCUGCAUUACGUCUGACCAUGGAGAAAAGUUAUCUAUUCCAUAUGGAGGGGCGGCAUACGACACUGAAAAGGCGUUCGACAACAUGUUUAUCAGAGAACCCUUCAUUACAGACAUGGAUCGAGACUGGGCAUGGUCAUUCAACAUUGACAAAAACCCGAACGAUUUUGUCGAGCUGGGAGCUAGGCUUUCAUACGCCUGUGACAAUCUCCGCUGGGAUAUAUUUGAAAGGGAUUGGUCAGAGUCUUUCUGGCACUAUCCACCAGUGGUUGGCGAGCGUGGAUAUGUCGGUUCCGCGACGACGAUGCGCGACGCUGAGCAGUUCUGGUUCUAUGACCCUGAUGUCAACGACCCAGACGACACAGUUGCCUUUCCUCUACGACGCGAGCCCCGAGGAUUCCGUAUCUUUUGGUGGUUUGGUAAGCUCGCCAACGGAACACGCAUUGCCCCUGGAAACUACACGAUGCGGUUCGCAGCUCUGAGACCAUACGGAAACCCCAACAUCUCGGACCACUGGGACAUCAUGUAUAGAGAGGUGGACAACAUACAGGUGCUGCCAUACAAUGGCACGAGCAACUCGACCCAGAUCUACCGACGGCCCAGACUCUGA